CACGUCAUCAAAAAAAUCGAUGCAAAUGCAACUUCCAUGUUGUCCUCAUCAGUUUAUAGAUGACACGUGGGUAUUCAGGUUGUCACUUUAGAACUGCAAAGACUUGAACCGAACGUUGUAAAAUUUACAUAUAAAUUGUAUGUGGUACAUAAAUAAUAGGCAGUUAUUUAUCAAAGUGAAAUAAUUAAGAAGAUAUAUACACUUUACAUCAUUAAAUUAUUUAUACGAAAUUGUAUAACUUUGUAUACUUAUUUUAUCACAUACAUUUAAGUCACAGUUAACAAUGGGAAGGAGUUAUUACUGUGAUUAUUGUGACAGGUCUUUUAAAGAUAAUUACGAAGCUAGGAAAAAACAUCUUUGUAGUACACAACAUGUAAACAAUCGUCUUGAACAUUAUCGUUAUUUUAAAGAUCCAGAAGAAAUUUUGAAAGAAGAAACAGAAAAAAUACCUUGCAAAAAACUAAUGAGCGGUGGAGAAUGUGCAUUUGGGAAUAAUUGUAGAUUUUCUCACUACACACCACCAAUGAUUUAUGAACUCCAAAGGAUAUGCGCCUGGAAAAAAUAUUCACAGUCUACUAUGCAGAUGACGAAGGAACCCAACACAGACGAGAUAAUUCAUGAAUAUUUUCAAAACCCUAUUAUAUCUAGUAAUAAUCAAAUUUUUAAAAAUCCUUUAUGGAGUAGUCCAGGAGAAUUACAAAAUUUAAAUCUACCACCUUCGUUACAACCUUUGACUCCAAAAUCUAUAACAGAUUCCAAUUUCCCCGAUUGGGGGUAAUUAAUAUCUACUAGAUUAUGUACCAAAGAAUGUUAAUGUAAAUAAUGUGUCAUUUAAUUCAAUUUAAAUCACUAAACUAUUUUUCUUACGACGAUUGUGGUGAAAGUGAUAAUACUAUCAAUCGAAACUUAUAAUUACAUUGUUAAUAAUUAUCAAUUCUAAAGAUAACAUUUUAUAUUCAGAUUAGAAAACGAGAUUUCUAUUAAUGAAAAGUUAAUUAUUGUAAAUAUAAUCGUAAUUGUA